AUGGGACGCGACGACGAAUAUGACUACCUCUUCAAGGUUGUGCUCAUCGGAGACUCCGGCGUCGGCAAAUCCAAUCUUCUCAGUCGAUUCACGAGGAACGAGUUCAACCUCGAGUCUAAAUCCACCAUCGGCGUUGAGUUCGCUACAAGAAGUAUAGAAGUAGAAGGCAAAACUAUCAAAGCGCAGAUUUGGGAUACUGCUGGUCAGGAGAGGUACCGUGCUAUCACGGCCGCGUACUACCGAGGCGCCGUCGGUGCCCUUCUCGUCUACGACAUUGCCAAGCACACGACUUACGAAAAUGUUGAGCGCUGGUUAAAAGAGCUUCGGGAUCACGCAGAUAACAACAUCGUCAUCAUGCUUGUGGGAAACAAAUCCGAUUUGAGGCACUUGAGAGCUGUGCCGACAGAAGACGCGAGAAACUACGCAGAGCGUCAGAGUUUGAGCUUCAUCGAAACCUCGGCGCUGGACAGCACGAAUGUAGAAACGGCCUUUCAAAAUAUCUUAACAGAAAUUUAUAAAAUCGUCUCCCAGAAGCAACUCGGCGAUUCAGAUCGGGGCGGUGACUUGCCAGACAAUGACGUGGUGGACAUCCACGUGCCGGACUCGACACCGGGUAACCAGCGCAAGAAGAGCGGCUGCUGCAACCAGGACUGA